UUCACUUUUGAGUUAAAUAUGUGAUCCCAUCACAAGGUGAAGUUAGGUUAGAAUUGCUUUGACAAGUUGACAAACGUGGAAUACCAUAGAACAUUCGUCAAAUUAAAAAAAAUGUAAUUUUGAAUUUUGAACAAUAUAAAGAUUAUAAAUUCAUUAAGGUCAAGGAGAGUGAUAAUACGUUCACUUUAAUCAGGAAUUUAGUUUGACCUAUGCCGGAAAACAUUUUGUAUAUCUUUAACGGUUUUCACGUUUUAAGCUUUCUUUCCAUAUCUGUCUUGCCGAUAUUUGCAAAACGAAAACGGUUUGUGAUUCCCAAAGGAUUAUCGAUGGGCAUCGAAUAAGCAAUCUCGAAAAUCUUUACAAGUUUAGCGAGCACUGAAGUAUAACUCUAAUUGCCGAAAUAUCUGACGAAAUCGCAUUUUUAUCACCUUCCAGCAAACAUCUGACCUUCACAUGCAAUCAAUGUGACUUUCCAGCGCACUAGCGCAGUUAAUGGGACAAAUUAUUGCUGGUAUCAGUUUUGAAACUGUCGCACGUAGAGUAGCACCUAUACAACAUUUCGCGAUUUUUUAAUAACCUCCAAACACUACAAAAAGGCAACAGGUGGUUUCAAAAAUAUGUCUCAAAAGGGUGACAUUGGUCUUAUUGGGUUGGCUGUCAUGGGCCAAAACCUGAUACUCAACAUGGCUGAUCAUGGUUUUACAGUUGUUGCCUUUAACAGAACUGUGGAUAAGGUGCAUCACUUCCUGGCAAAUGAGGCAAAAGGCAAAAGCAUCCUGGGUGCAGAGUCUUUGCAAGACUUGGUCUCCAAACUGAAGACGCCUCGUCGGGUGAUGAUGUUGGUGAAGGCCGGCGAUGCCGUGGAUAAUUUUAUCAAUCAGUUGGUGAAACUGUUGGAGCCAGGAGAUAUAAUUAUCGAUGGUGGCAACUCUGAAUACACUGAUAGUGAGAGGAGGAGCAAAGAUUUGGCUAGCAAGGGUAUCCGAUUCGUCGGAACUGGAGUUUCAGGAGGAGAAGAAGGUGCUCGAUAUGGGCCUAGCUUGAUGCCUGGUGGCAACAAAGAAGCCUGGCCAUAUAUCAAGGACAUCUUCCAAAGUGUGUCUGCAAAAGUUGAUGGCCAACCUUGCUGUGAUUGGGUCGGUAACGACGGGGCUGGACAUUUUGUUAAAAUGGUCCACAAUGGCAUAGAAUAUGGAGAUAUGCAGCUUAUUGGAGAGGUAUACCACGUGAUGACAGCAAUGGGGCUGACACAAGAGGAAAUGGCAAGUACUUUCGAUGAGUGGAAUAAGGGAGAGCUAGAUAGUUUCCUCAUAGAAAUAACGAGAGAUAUUCUCAGGUAUAAAGAUAGUGAUGGUCAGUACCUGUUACCAAAGAUAAGAGACACUGCUGGUCAAAAGGGCACAGGGAAAUGGACAGCUAUAGCAGCUCUAAACUAUGGUAUUCCUGUGACGCUAAUAGGUGAAGCAGUCUUUAGCAGGUGUCUUUCAGCAUUGAAACCAGAAAGAGAAAUUGCCAGUAAGAAACUAAGGGGACCUAGUACAUGUAAAAUCCAAGGGGACAGGAGGCAGCUGAUGGAAGACCUCAAGCAAGCUCUCUAUGCCGCUAAGAUCGUUUCAUAUGCCCAGGGAUUCAUGCUUAUGCGUGAGGCAGCCAAGGUACACAACUGGAAUCUGGACUAUGGUGCGAUAGCGUUAAUGUGGAGAGGUGGUUGUAUAAUUAGAUCUGUAUUCCUGGGCAAAAUCAAGGAAGCUUUCGAGAAGGAUCCCAAUCUCAGUUCGCUGCUGUUAGAUCCGUUCUUUUUGGACGCCAUCAACAACGCUCAGUCAGGUUGGAGAAACGUCGUUGCUCUUGCUGUCAAUACUGGCAUUCCAACCCCAGCACUAGGCACUGCCCUGGCGUUCUACGAUGGCUACCGUAGCGAAAGGUUGCCCGCCAACCUGCUCCAAGCGCAGAGGGACUACUUUGGCGCCCACACGUACGAACUUCUUGGCAAAGAGGGCUCUUUUGUGCACACCAACUGGACAGGAAAGGGUGGCAACGUUGCCGCGUCCACUUACCAAGCUUGAUUUGAGUCCUAUUGGAAAAAAGAUGCCGCCAUCAUUGCCAUGGUGCCGAGGAAAGACUGUAAAGCUGAUUGCAUCGUACUUAACGGAUCGUUGUGGGAAGGCUUUGUUGAGGGGUUAAUGAGUGAUAAUUUUUGACUUAUGAUUCUCAGCAAAUUAAAAAAUGAGAGAUUAUCGUAGUCUUUAACUUUUUGUCCAACCCUACUCAUUUUUAUCUAAAAUAUUUAACUAGUUACAGCAAGAUGAGCCAUAUUUUAGUCUAAAAUAUGGAUCGAUCGGUGGAAAUUUGUAUUGUUGUCAUUAAACAAAAAGAUUGUAAAAACAUGCUUUUAUGAAAUCUACUAUUUUGAUUCAAUUUGAAAUCUGUGGCAUUGUCAAUCCACACCCUUAUGAGUAACCGAUUCGCUGUGACGAUCCGUUUAGUACUUGUGUUAAAUUUGAAAUUCAUACCUUUUCUCAAAUGCUAAUGAAUGUUUAUAUUUUUUCAUGUUUAUUUUUGGAUAUGUGCAUUUUAAAACUGGUAUAUAAUACAGUAUUGUUUUGAAAAGGUUGUUUUCCAUGCAA